AUGGUUCCCUGGAGUGCGGUGCUGGGAGUUCUGCUGCUGGCCAUUCUGGGGUACAUAUGUCUGAUGGGGCUGCUUCGGCAACGCAGACCCCAGGAGCCCCCACUAGACAAAGGUGCCGUGCCCUGGCUGGGCUAUGCUGUGGCUUUCCGGAAGAACAUGUUUGAAUUCCUGAAGCACAUGAGGGCCAAGCAUGGGGACAUAUUCACGGUGCAGCUAGGGGGUCAGUACUUCACCUUUGUCAUGGACCCGCUCUCCUUUGGCCCCAUCCUCAAGGAUGCACAGAGAAAACUAGACUUUACUGAGUAUGCGAGAAAGCUGGUGCUGAAAGUAUUUGGAUACCAGUCCCUGGAGGGAGACCACCAGAUGAUACACACGGCCAGCACCAAGUACCUCAUGGGGAAUGGCUUGGAGGAGCUCAACCAAGCUAUGCUGGACAGCCUGUGCUUGGUUAUACUGGGGCCCAACGGCCAGAGUCUGCAGGCCGGUUGCUGGCAUGAGGAUCAUCUUUUUCACUUCUGCUACAAGAUCUUGUUCACGGCUGGCUACCUGAGCUUGUUUGGCUACACAAAGAACAAGGAGCAAGACCUGCUACUCGCAGACAGUUUAUUUAAGCAGUUCCGCAAGUUUGACGUCCUGUUCCCCAGGUUUGUCUACUCUCUGCUGGGGCCCCGUGAGUGGCUAGAGAUAGGCAGGCUCCAGCGUUUCUUCCACAAGGUGCUCUCUGUGGAUGAAGGCCUGAAAAAGGACAGCACCAGCACCUGGAUAGUCCAUAUGCUUCAGUACCUGAAGGAGCAAGGGGUGACCACAACCAUGCAGGACAAAUUCAACUUCAUGAUGCUCUGGGCCUCCCAGGGAAACACGGGCCCUACUUCUUUCUGGGCCCUCAUGUUCCUCCUGAAGCACCCAGAAGCCAUGCGAGCUGUGAGGGAAGAGGCCACCCAGGUCCUGGGGGAGAAGAGGAAGCCCUUUGACUUUGACAUGAGUGCCUUGCGCCGCCUUCCAGUGCUGGACAGUGUGAUGGAGGAGACGCUGAGGCUGGGAGCCUCCCCCACACUCCUCAGGGUGGUGCACAGUGACCAGAUGAUAACGAUGGCCAGCGGACAGGAAUACCUGCUCCGCGCUGGAGACAUAGUGGCCCUCUUCCCUUACCUGUCCGUGCACAUGGACCCUGACAUCCACCCAGAGCCCACCACCUUCAAGUACGAUCGCUUCCUCAACCCCAACGGCACCCGAAAAGUGGAUUUCUACAAGGCAGGCAAGAAGAUCCACCACUACACCAUGCCGUGGGGCUCUGGUGUGUCCAUCUGCCCUGGGAGGUUCUUGGCCCUUAAUGAAAUGAAGCUCUUUGUCCUUCUCAUGGUCACCCACUUUGACCUGGAGCUGGUGGAUCCUGACACACCCGUGCCGCCCGUGGACCCCCACCGCUGGGGCUUUGGCACUGCACAGCCCAGUCAUGACGUGCGCUUCCGCUACCGCCUGCGGGUUAACGAGUGAGC